UUGGGAUUUAGCUGAAAAUUAUGGGAAGGUCUCCUUGCUGUGAGAAAGUAGGUUUGAAAAAAGGUCCAUGGACUCCUGAAGAAGACCAGAAGCUAUUGGCUUAUAUUGAAGAACACGGUCAUGGAAGCUGGCGAGCCUUGCCUGCAAAAGCUGGGCUUCAAAGAUGUGGGAAAAGCUGCAGACUAAGGUGGACAAACUACCUUAGACCUGAUAUCAAAAGAGGAAAGUUUAGUUUGCAAGAAGAACAGACCAUUAUCCAACUCCAUGCUCUUCUUGGUAACAGGUGGUCUGCUAUAGCAACUCACUUGCCAAAGAGAACGGACAAUGAAAUCAAGAACUACUGGAACACCCACCUGAAGAAGAGGCUGACCAAGAUGGGGAUUGAUCCGGUGACUCACAAGCCGAAGACCAACGCCCUCGGCUCCGGCACCGGCAACCCCAAGGACGCCGCCAACUUGAGCCACAUGGCUCAGUGGGAGAGCGCUCGGCUCGAAGCCGAAGCAAGACUUGUCAGGGAAUCCAAGCUACUAGUCUCCAGCAACAACAACAACAACCCUCUAGUGUCUCACCAGCUCGGCUCAGCUUCGGCCCAUCAGUUCCUCCCCAAAGCCGCCGCCGUGCCGCCGUGCCUCGACGUGCUCAAGGCCUGGCAAGGCGCGUGGUUGACCAAGCCCACUAACAACAACAACAACACUAACAACAAUAUUAUGGCGUGUAUGAUGGCCAUGGAUGACCUAGAAUCUCCGACAUCCACGUUGAAUUUCCCCGAUCAUAGCGGCAGCGCCACCGCCACCGUCACCACCAAUUUUGCGGUUCAAGCCGCCGUCGGGUUCGGCGUGGACUCUCUCGAUGAUCAUCACCAUGACCAGAACAAUACGAUGUCGUUGCAAGACAUUGCUUUUGGCUGUACGGACAAUGCCAGUGCUUGGUUUGUGGAGGGUUUCAGGACGGGGAAUAAUAUUGAGAACGUGACAACAACGACAAUAACGUCAACCACCAGUACUAAUAGUGUGCAUGGACUUGCUAAUAUCAUGGAAGGUUUUGCGGACGUGUUUGGGUACAACUCCGUCAACGAUGACCAGCCGAACUCGUCUGCGGACGGCGGCGAAGAAGGCGGUAAUAAUGGCGGCAGCGACGGAAGCUGUGCCGGGGCCAGUGGAAUAUUUGAGGAGAACAAGAGCUACUGGAACAGCAUACUGAAUUUGGUUAACGCUUCGCCGACUGGGUCGCCUGUGUUUUGA